UGUAUGAUGCCUUGCUAAUGACAAUGUAACAUAAUACACGCAACAGUAAAAAGAACAUAAUAGCCUGCCAAACAUCAUAAUUAUUAACAAGAUGAAGAUGCACUACACUAGUGGGAGUUUAGCUAGGCUGCUGCUAAUCUUUACAAUAGCCUUGUCUAUUAGUUAUCAGUCUGAAUCAGCUACACGUGAAAAUGAGAAUGUUAAUCAGAAAUGGCACGAAACAGAUACACAGAAUUUGUGCAACAAUGACAUGGACUGCCCUCCGUGGACAGAAUGUAACAAUACCAAAUGUGAGUGUAAAGCAAAUCUAAAGAAUUAUUUCACUGUUAAAUGUGACGAGGCAACACUUGAACUAUCUGUUAUCAGAUGCCACUGUGUUACGUAUAACAACGUGACAGACGAGUUAGUUGAAGGAAACUGCUUUGAGAAUUGUGACAAUGGCUACGACAAAAGUGAGUACCUCCCAUUGCCAAAGAAUGUAUCCAAACUAAACCAGUUCAUGUGUGAGAAGAGGUGGAACAGAACAGGAAGACUGUGUGGGAGGUGUCUACCUGGACACUCUCCAUUGGCUUAUUCUUACGACAUGAGGUGUGUGAAAUGCCCUGAGGGGAACAGAAAUAUCUGGAAGUACAUUCUAGUGGCGUUUGGUCCACUUACAGUGUUUUACUUAGUGCUCCUGUUCUUCAAGAUCAAUGCAACCUCUUCGUACUUACACAGUUAUGUUGUCUACAGCCAAAUGAUUACAACACCUGUUUUUGCUAGAGCUAUAACAGAAUACACCGACCAUACCUCAACUUACUUAAAAUUUACAACUUUAAUAGUUAUCGACCUACAUUCUAUAUGGAAUCUAGAUUUCUUUAAAGGUCUCUACCCUGACAUUUGUCUUGAUGUGUCCCCACUCACAGUCUUAGCUCUGGACUAUGCAGUGGCUAUCUACCCACUACUGUUGACUGUUGUAUCGUACAUUUCGAUCGAGCUACAUAGUAGAAACUUCAGACCAGUAGUCAUCUUGUGGAGACCAUUUCACUAUCUCUUUUCACGCAUUCGUAGUAACUGGGACAGUAGAACUAGUGUGAUAGAUGCAUUUGCAACAUUUUUUCUACUAUCAUUCACGAAAAUGGCUUCUACUUCAGUUGACCUUCUUACUGCAAUGAAAGCAGUUAAUCUGAAAAACAACAGUGUGACAUGGGUACUGUACAAUGAUGCAACAAUGGAAUAUUUUGAAACAAAGCAUCUGCCAUUUGCUAUUCUUGCUAUAACAUGUUCCAUGAUAUUUGCAAUUGUUCCUAUCACAGUGUUGUUGAUUUACCAAUUUCGCUGGUUUCAGAGAUUGCUCAGCUGUCUACACAUCCGUCAUCCAUUGCUACGAGAGGUCAUGGAAUCUUUUCAAAGCUGCUACACAAAUGGCACUCAACCAGGAACCAAAGAUCGCCGAUGGUUUUCAGCUACCCAUUACAUUUUGCGGUAUUCCAGCAUCAUUGUCUACUCAGCAAUACUCGAUUCUGGUUCUAUGGUAAUGGGAUUAGUGUUAAUUAUUAGCUUGCUAGUUUUGACAGCACUAGUGCAACCAUACAAGAAUGCAAACCGUACGAAAACAGACAUUUUGUUUUUGGGAACAAUCGGCGUAUUUUAUUGUUUUACUGAAGCCGUGGAACAUCCAUCUUUACGGCCAGAAACAGAAUACCAUGUAUCAACAGUCUUAAGAAAUGUCUUCGCAGUUAUUCCAAUAUUGUACAUGCUAUGUCUGAUCACAAAUUGGAUCAUGAAAAGAAUGAGAAAAGUGAAAAUGUUUAUUACCCGAGUAAGAGCCUGGAGGAGAGGCUAUGAGAACAUUGAAGAAAACGUUGAGGAAACUUUGCCAGACAGAAUCGUUAAUCCCGAAAAUUAUCAAGAUAAAAAUCGAUUGUUGGACCCUAUAUGCUCAGAUGGCAUCUGUAAUACUCAGCUACUCCCUCACGAAUUAUCACAUAGCUACUAAGUUGUGAUGUCAUAACACAUACACCUAAUUUGUCAAGAGAACAAAUCAUACUAAUGAAGAACAAAUUGCAAAAUGAUAACUAAUAUACGUAGUACUGUUAUGUGAACUAUACCUAGAUAUAAUCACUUGAUGUACGUAACUAUAGUGUACAGUAAAAUCAAAAAUGCCUACAUCUCUGCAGGCAUUACUGUUCAUUGAAAGUGUCCUACAUCACAUUAACUCUAUACUUAUGUAUGUCACCCAAUACAACAUUCACCUUGAUGCAAACUAUUCCAUAGAUACAAGAGAG